UCAAAGUAUUUAGUCUUCUGGUGACUCUCGGAAAGAAAAAAUGGCAAAAUUAUCGUUGAUUCUCUUGGCCGUGGUAGCUGGCAUUGCUGUGGCCAAAGCAGCUGAAAAUGAUCCUCAGGCAUUUUUGAAUAUAUUCAAUGCUCGCCACAAGGAACCCGGACCACAGGCAAAGGCUCGGGCCAAUGUUGUGACCAGUUAUAUUGAACAGAAAUUGGAUCAUUUCGAUGACAAGGAGACCAGGACAUGGCAGAUGCGUUACAUGGCCAACGAUGAAUUCUAUCAAGAAGGUGGCCCCAUCUUCAUCUAUGUUGGUGGCGAAUGGGCCAUUUCCGCUGGAUCCAUUAGCGGUGGCCAUGUUUACGAUAUGGCCCGUGAACAUAAUGGUUAUUUAUUCUAUACCGAACAUCGUUUCUAUGGUCAAAGUAGGCCAGUGAGUGCCAUGACCAAUGACAACAUGAAAUAUUUGAAUGUCCGCCAAGCUUUGGCCGAUUUGGCCCACUUUAUCCGCACCAUGAAAGCCACCAUUCCUGGCAUGAGCAAUUCCAAGGCCAUACUGACUGGUGGUUCGUAUUCCGCCACCAUGGUAACAUGGUUCAAGAAACUGUAUCCCGAUUUGGCUGCCGGCUGUUGGGCUUCCAGUGCUCCAUUGUUUGCAAAGGCUAACUUUUUUGAAUACAAAGAAGUUAUGGGCGAAUCCGUAACCUUGGUUGGUGGUCAAACCUGCCAUGAUCGCAUUAAACGUGGUAUUGCCGAACUGGAAUCGAUGAUUGAGAAUAAACGUGGUGCUGAGGUUAAGGCUAUGCUGCGCUUGUGCAAUAACUUUGAUGAGCAUAGCGAUUUGGAUGUCUGGACAUUGUUCUAUGAGAUUUCGGAAAUUUUCGCCAACCUGGUGCAGACUCAUAAUCAUUACUCCGGCAGCAUUCAAAAUGCCUGCAAUGAAAUUAUGGCUGGAAGCACAGAUCUUAUUGGUGUGUCGAAUUAUAUUGUCAAGAAUUUUGGCACCAAGGGUUGUACCGAUAUGUCCUAUAAAACCUAUGUGGGACUUAUUAUUGAUUCUGCCUUUAGCAAUAAUAUUAUGCGCCAAUGGAUCUAUCAAACCUGCAACGAGUUUGGUUGGUAUCAAACCUCCACAUCGACGAAUCAGCCAUUUGGCAGCAAAUACCCCCUGGUCUUCUUCACCACCAUGUGUGCCGAUGCCUAUGGCCAGGAAUUUACCAAUGAGUUUAUACAACAACAACUGGACAAUACCAAUGCCAUGUUUGGUGGCCUCAAUCCCGAAGUGGAAAAUGUUUAUAUGUCUCAUGGCCAGGUGGAUCCCUGGAGAGCCAUGGGUAUACAAGAUGAAAAUCAAGCCACCAUUAUUCCAUAUCAUGCCCAUUGCAAAGAUUUGGGUUCCAUUAGCGACAAUGAUACCCCCGAACUGCGUGCCUCCAAGGAAAAGGUUGCGCAAUUGGUUAGAGAAUGGCUGUCGGAAUGAGAGCGGUGUAGAGCUGAUAAUGAAAUUGUUUCCACUAUUAAAUAACAUUAUUUAUUAAUUAAUUGUGACCAAUAAACCAAAUGAUUGGCCAUGCUGCAGCAAUAUGAGCGAUAUCUCAUGUCUGUUUGUUAUGGCCUGUUUUUAAUCAAACGAA